AUGAAAGCCGUUUUGCUGUUCGUGUUGGCGGUCGUGGUGGCCGCAGUGCCGGCUGUGGGUGCCGAUCUGUCCAAGUUUGCAUUGACAGAUACUGGCUCAAUCGGAGGAGGAAACACAUUUCCCGGUGUUUCGCGUCCGUUUAGUAUGGUCAAGCUCGGCCCAGAUCUGUAUUCUGGAACCGAUGCCUAUUCUGGCUACCUAGCCAAUGGUAACUUUACCGGCUUCUCUAUGCUUCAUGAGAGCGGCACCGGCGGUGCUCCCAAAUACGGAGUCGUGUCUCAGAUACCUGUUGUAGGCCACAUUGAUGACCCUUUCGUCCAAAACACCAACGAUACCCGCGUUGAGCCCGACUACACUGAAGUUGGAUACUACAGAGCAAAACUUGGGUCGGGAACGACGGUCGAGCUGGCCGCAACUACAAAGGCCGGCUUACUGCAAUAUGUAUUUCCGAAAACCAACAAAUCCUUGAACAUUUGGGUCGACGUCUCUCAUGUCUUGUCAUCGUAUCGUGGACAAGGUCUAGGCCAAGACUACCUCGGCGGAGAUAUCAAAGUCUUGGACGAGCCUGACAGGCCAGGUUUGGUGUACUACACUGGCUCAGGUACGUAUGAUAAUGUAGGUACACCAUUCAUGAUCACAAAGUCGUCGAAACUGACCUCUACACAGGGAUGGAACAGAGCUUCUCCUUGGGCAGUCUUCUUUUGCGGCUACUUUGAUGCGCCCGCCACACAUAAAGUCUUCCAUAGCCCGGACAGCAAAACUGGCAAAGGGAAAUACGCGAUGCAGGCACCCCGUGUUGGAGCUCUAUUUGCCUUUAAUCAAACCGUGGUAGUGUCUCGCGUGGGCGUCUCGUUCAUCUCGACCCAGCAGGCUUGCGAUUGUGUGGCGAGGGAAAUUCCCCGUGGCACCAAGAUUCGAGACGUUCAAGACGAGACACGGAAGGAGUGGAAUAAACAAGUAUUCAGCAAAGUUACCACGACGGAAACAAACACCACCAAGCUCAACCAACUGUACAGUGCACUGUACUUUAUGCAUCUGCUGCCGCAGAACAAGACUGGCGAGAAUCCGCUCUGGAAAUCUGACGAACCAUAUUACGAUGACAUCUUCACAUUUUGGGAUAUUUAUCGCUGCACAACCAGUUUGCUUCAUGUGCUACAGCCCACAUACUACGAAGAGCUCCUCCGCUCCAUGAUUGACAUUGGGCGCCAUGUUGGGUGGGUUUCGGAUGCGCGAUCGUCCUUUUCCAACGGCGCCGUCCAAGGCGGCUCCAACUCGGACAAUGUCUUUGCGGAUGCAUAUGUCAAGGGCGUACGUGGCAAAAUCAACUGGGCGGACGCUUUCGCAUCCAUGGUCAAGAAUGCCGAAGAGGUUCCCCCAAACAACAACGACUCUCGUGAUUCCACGGGGUCUACGCGCGAAGGCCGCAGUGCUCUUCCAGACUGGCUUGAAUACGGCUACAUUACCCCCAAGUUUUCCAGAUCUGUUAGCCGUGCGGUGGAAUAUUCGGUCAAUGACUUUUCUCUGGCCAGUGUCGCUGCAGGUUUGGGCAAAGAUGCCGAAUUUGACAAGUACUUUCAACGCUCUCACAGCUGGCGUAACCACUGGAACACCAACAUGACGGCGCUGGGGUUCACCGGCUUUGUUGGUCCGCGAAACACGUCCGGCUUCAUUCCCCAGGACCCCCUGUCGUGCGGUGGCUGCUACUGGCGCGACUACUAUUAUCAGGCGCUUCCCUGGGAAUACUCCUUCAACGCGCAUCAUGACCUCGCCAAGCUCAUUGAGCUUUGCAACGGCACUGAGACGUUUGUCAAGCGUCUUGAAAAGACGUUUGAGCCAGGCGUCUUCUCUGGCAACGCCGCGUUUGGCCACACGCUCUUCAACCCGGGAAACGAGCCGAGCUUCACGACGCCCUACUUGUACAACUUUGUCAACCGCCAGGACCUGGCGGUCGAGCGCAGCCGCUUCGUUGCCAAGUCCUACUACCGCCCGACCCCCGAUGGUCUGCCUGGCAACAGCGACGCCGGUGCCAUGGAGUCGUGGCUGCUGUGGAACAUGAUUGGUCUUUAUCCAAUGACGGGGCAGACGACCUUUUUCAUCGGCUCGCCCUGGUUCUCCGACCUGACCAUUGCUCUCGACGGCGGCAAGACGCUCAAGGUGACGACCAAGGGCGGCUCCGAGGACGCAUACCAAGUGCAGUCUCUCAAGGUCAACGGGAAGCAGUGGGACAAGAGCUGGGUGAGCUGGUACGACGUCUUUGCAGACGGCGGCACGCUCGAGUUUGUGCUCGGCCCCAAGGCGGCCCUCUGGGCAACUGGUGAAGGCCCUCCAAGCCCAGGAAGUAUGAGUGCCAAAGAAGCCAAAGCGUACUUGAGGAAUCAAGUUGAAAAAAGUGUCAGUAGAGCGGAUUUUGGUGCGCCGCCGCGUGAAGCACUUUGA